GAGCGACGAAAGCGACCGCGAAGCCACGCUGCGACUCUGCGACUCUGCUGCUGUCUGUGCCCGGCUCGGAGCGCUCUCGGACUGCGUCGUGCAACCUCCAUCGCCCUCAAAGCGCCGCAGAGCCGCAUCCUCGUCCCCAGCAUCACGACGUUGACCCGCCCUCACCGCCGACGGACCCCCCGACGCACCACUCGCCGACCCAGCGCCCCAUAGCAUGACUAUUCAGACUCUUCACCGGUUACACAGGACGCUUCCUGCGCUUGGAGCCCGCUGAGAAUCCUCUUGCCCCACCGCUCGCCAUCUGUCGCCCGCCAUGACCGUCCACCACUGGCACCCGCCCGUAUCGGAUGCCCACCGAGGGGACACUAUGCAACUUUCAGUUGGCGACCCCUCCGUGUGGUUUGAGCACCAGCAGUCCCAGCCGCUGAACGGUGAGGAAGACCCGAACCCGUAUGCUUCGACCCGCCAGCAGCAACCAAGCACAGCACCGCUCUACUUGCCGCCAGACGCCGCUCCUGGACUGUCUGCCAUCCCGUGGGCCCCGUCGUACGCGACGAGUCUUGCCCAGGAAGCACCUGGCGCGCCCACCGGACUUGCGUCUUUUCCAAUUGACCUCCCAGAACAGACGUUCCAGCAGACCGGCUUCACUGGUGUGGAGUACCCGGGCUUUCAAGGCGAUGGAUAUGGUUUCGGCGCAGCCCCUAUGUAUGGGCAUAGAGGAGGCGAUACUCUCACUAUGUCCGUUGAGACUAGUAGAGAUAUAGAGCAUCACCCCAUCAAUACCUUCGCAUCGCUCCCCUUUGCCUCACAUUCCCCCGAUUUCGUGUCACCUCCUCACCCCCUGCAACCACCGUCGUUCCUACGCCACCAGCAGUAUCAGCCGCAGCCGCCAAUAUGCAGCCAACCGGACAAUGACACAAGUCUCAUGCCUACGCAACACUACAUUGAGCACUGGAGCCACGCGAAUGCCACCGGUAUACCUGGUCAUCUGGCCAACAGCGCAGGCAGCUUAUCUAGUACGUCAUGGGACGUGGUUAGUGGCAUGCCGAGCGCUUCAAACACACCCAUACAGGAGAAGUCUUCCGAUUCUGAUGACCAAGAAUGGGUCAACGUGGAUGGCCUUCGAUCAAGUCACACAGCGUCUCACUCGCCCUUACACAAAGUUGAGACCGCCACCUCCUACUCGCCGCCCUUCUUCCCUCUUCAAUCACCCAUACAGUCCAUUAGCGAGGAACAAACUUCGUCAAGACCCAAGCUUCCCAAAGUUGCGUCUUCUUUUACCCAGCGAGCAACAAAGUCCAAAGUUUGUAAACGAAAAGGCAAAAUGAGUGACGAGGGCCGUGCUAAGGCUGCUGAAAUGCGGAAAAAUGGGCCGUGUAUUCGUUGCAGGCUAUACAAACUUGGGUGCGAUGGCAAUAACCCCUGCAAACGAUGCUUGAAGGUCACCGAUAGUGCUCGCUCUUUUCUGGAGCCAUGCUCUAGGGCGAAUUUGGACUCCGUCAGUCUUGUUCGACACAGCAACGGGCGGUUCAACCAAGUCAACGUUACCUUCAAGAAUUAUCGCUGGAUCAACGUGGACGAGAGAUGCUUGAGAAUGGACAUUCAAUGGAACCUGCCUGGCUGUAUUCCAAUUCGCGGGUCCCAAAUCGCUGUCCAUUUUCGCACUUAUCGAGAAGACCCGUCAAAUGACUUGAAUACCACCACAUACCACUGGCAAGUAGGCGGAAGUCCCCAGAGGGUUAAAACGCAGCCCUAUGCCAUCUACGACACUGAAUCGUUAGUAAAAGACGUCGAGAUCUUCAUCGCCGACAACCAGGCAGAAAUGGAAAGGUGGAUCCUCAAUCGUUCACAGAGCGACCCUUUGACGGCGACCACUUAUGAAGAAGCCAUGAGGUAUCGAUCAAGUCCUGGAAGUUCCAUGAUCACGAUGGCUCUACAAAUGCAGUGUGGCGCAAUCAUGUCUCAGGGCUUCGGCUCUGCAAUAAACGGGGAUAUUCGCGGGAUUGACGAAAUUGACUAUCGCCGAUUCGGCGAAUGUGGCUAUUCUGCAUACGAUAGGAACCUUGAUCGACCAAUCCCACAGGCAAUGGGUCACCAAUUAGAUGUUGCCAUCCUCAAGUACAUCAACAAGGUGCAGAAAGAGCUCCUGAGAGAAAUUCGCAGGAAGAUCUUUCAACCUGGCAUCAAGCCGUGGUACGAGCUAUUCCUUACGUUCUUCAUCUUGCUCUCCAAUCUAGAGUACAUUCAUGAUGGAGCAUUGGGAUACCUCAGAUCCAAGAGGAAAACGAUGCUCGAAAGUCAGGUCAGCUAUGUGGUGAAGAGUCAAGUACAGGAGUGGGAAGUCUCUGCGGGGGUAAUGCUUCAGUAUUUUCGCUGCGUGCUACGAGGCUUCUUACCAUUUCAAUUGGCGCGCGACAAUCUUGAUGAGCUCAUUCAUCAGGCAAAGCUUGAUCCAACUUCUGUUCACUAUGUCACAAACGCCGUGCAUCUUCUAGAUCAGCAGCGAACAUCCCUCGCUGAAAAGCUAAACGCGUCCCCAUCCACGGAGAUCAAUGUAUCGGCCAAGUGGAUCCCACAGCUAUUCAACGAGGCAUACGCUUGAUUAGAGACCCCUCACGAUUUAGCUUUCUCACCAAACUUAGCGAGCUCUAACAUCGAAUAGCUUGACGGCUAUCCAGUAUUCUCCAAGUUGGCAUCUCUCAGGGAUAAAGAGCAAUAUCUAGUCUGCUAGAAGAGAACCGACAUUA